GCCGCCUCGCCGUCGUGCCCUGCCGUGCCCCGGCGUGCCCCCGCCGCUGCCCGGCCGCCGCCGUGCUCUCUCGCGGCCACCGGCGGGCACGCGUCGGCCACGACGGGGCGGAGGUCUGCAUCUGAGCCGUGGAGUGGUUCUCGGGCUCCACCUACCUCCAGUCGCAGCUGGCCCGGGCCUCGCGCGUUUCUGCUUCGCAGCUGGAGGUGCCCGCCGGAGCGAUGGACAAGAAGAAGGCCGACGAGAACACGUACACCAUACACCCGGAGUACAAGAACAAGUUCAGGCCAGGGCCGGCGCGGGAGAUCAUAAAGGAAGUCCUCCAUCAGAAGCUGGAGAAGGCCACCUACAACAUGGAGACGACCCAGCUGCUGACGCAGCAGGUGGCCUCCGACAUCAAGGACCGGCUGAAGGACCUGACGCUGCCCCGCUACAAGAUCGUGGUGCAGGUCGCCAUCGGCGAGCAGCGCGGCCAGGGGGUGCGCAUGGGCUCCAGGUGCUUCUGGGACUCCGACACCGACAGCUACGGCCGCCAGCGC